AUGGGUAAAGGUAAAGGAGCAAGCACAAAGGAGAGAGUUAGAUAUCCAUCGAAAUCGGGUGUACCACCACUGGAUGGUACAGGACCAAUGGAGAAAUACGAUCCAAAGGAUGAGUAUAUUCGUGUGGAGGCAGUACAACAACAUUGGACCAGAAGAAAGCUCAUCUCACAAAAGUACCCAGAGGUACUCAACUUCCCAACCUAUCAUACACCAACUGCAUUCUGGGUGGUUGCAUUGGUUUCUGCACUGAUGAUUACAGCCAAGAUGAUGGAGAACGCCUCAUUCUUGACCAUCUUGUUGGUCUCAUAUGUUUUCGGAGCAACUGUUUCACACGCUCUCUGGGUAUUAAUUCAUGAGCUCACUCAUGACCUUGUAUUCAAAGAAGGUACAAUGAACAGUAUCUUCCUUUUAAUUGCCGAUCUUCCACAUCUCAUUCCAGCUGGUGUCAGCUUCCGUCAUUAUCACAGACUUCAUCAUUCAUUCUUGAAUGAAACUUACACUGAUCCAGAUGUACCAAUUCCAUAUGAAAAUUCAAUUCUUGGACACUCACCACUUGGUAAGGCAAUUUGGUUCUGUUUCUACUCGAUUGUCAUUGCUUUGAGAUCGGCUUUCUAUCCAUUGAAGGAUCAAUCGCCAUUCGGUAUCUGGAUGGUCUUGAACUACAUUUGCAACAUUGCGUUCACCUAUUUAAUGAGCCAAUGGGUUGGUACUUGGGGUAUGGUCUAUUUGAUUCUCUCUUCGUUGAUGUCGGUCGGAUUCUUGAUGCAUCCACUCGGUGCACGUUGGAUCGCCGAGCAUUUCGCCGUCACCCAAUCCGAGCAAGAGACCUACUCGACCUACGGUAUCAUCAACACCCUCGGUUUCAACAUUGGUUAUCACAAUGAGCACCACGAUUUCGUACGUGUUCCAUGGAUCUACUUGCCAAGAUUGACAUCGAUCGCCUCUGAAUACUACACCAAGGGAUUGCGUUACCACACCUCCUACUGGAGAGUCUUAUACGAGUUUUUGAAUCAAGACGAUUUCACUUUCAACAGCAGAGUCGUCAGAAAUCCAAAGCAAAGAGUCGACUAA